AUGGAAGACACCAUGUCCUCUGUGAUAACGGAGAUGUUCAACUCAUUUCAAGAUUCUCUGAACAACGAGCAGGAAGUACGGGAGCAAAUUCGUAUUAUCGUGAAGAAUAUUGAAAAGAGUUCCAGGGACAUAUUAAUGACAUUGCAAAAUAUUCAUACUGUACAUCACACGAUGGAGGAGAAUAUAAUUGUAUCGAAAUAUUGUUCAAAGGCGAGAGAGAUAUUUGGGGAUGUAAGGACCCAAUACGCAAACUUGGCUGAAGUAGUACCAAGCAAUCAGUAUUAUCGUUAUCACGAUCAAUGGCGUUUUGUUACCCAAAGGCUGUGCUUUCUAGUUGCUUUAGUAAUAUAUUUCGAAAUUAAACUUUUGGUCGACAAGAAGACUGUUGCAGACAUAUUAGGAGUGAAAAAUAACAGAGAGGAUGGCUUUCAUCUAGAUCUAGAGGAUUUCUUGUUGGGGCUACUGCAGUUAUCUUCCGAAUUGAGCCGUUUUGCUGUAAAUAGUGUCACAAAUGGUCAUUACUACUGGCCGAUGGAAAUCGCGACGUUCGUUAAUGAACUGAACGCAGGAUUUCGGCUAUUGAAUUUAAAAAAUGACAUAUUGAGGAAACGGUUUGACGCUCUCAAGUACGACGUGAAGAAAAUCGAAGAGGUAGUGUACGACUUGUGUAUCCGCGGUUUGAUACCGUCUCCCCGACCUAUUGAGGAAACGCCUAUUGAAGAAACGCCUACAAAAUAGAUUUCUAUACAUCUUCACAAUAUUUCAUAUUAACAUACCUCCAUAUGUACAACAUUGUCUGAAGAGAAGAGAGAUAUACAGUGUUCAUACGUAAUAUAUAAUAAAAACAUUUAUAUAUUUUUUAUUUAGAUUUUUAUACUUUAGAUUACAUUUAAUGAAAAGCCAAUUGGAUUAUUUCAUAUAUUAAAAGUUUAUACUUUACCUUUUUUUUGUAUUUAAACAAAAUUGUUACUUAAAGUCCAUGGCUUUACAAUGCCUAUAGGAAUCUACAUAAUUUCGUUUCACCUACGAGUAAAUUUAUAUAAUUUAUUUUAUGAAUUUUAUUGACAUAUUGUAACGCCUAUAUUUAAUAGAAGUUUUCGCUACCUGUGCACCGAAAGUGCUUUUUUUACCUAUGUUCCUCAUACUUCACACUCAAGAACCAACAUUUCGAUGCACAGGUAACAAAAAAUAUUGUGUGUAACAUGCGCGGCUUGACUAUUGCCGGCUCGUGCGUCCAUGUCCUGCAUUACGGGCAAAUAGGCGAGUCACCGCAUUAGUUGCACAAAUAACUAUUAAGAUAGUUAAUUUAAAAAUUAAAAAAAUGACACAUUGUAUUAGUUUAUUUUGAAGUUAUCUUUGAAAAUUACGUAAGUAUAAGAUUAAGUUGUAUACGACUUAAAUUUUGGUAUCAGAAUUAUAUGGUUCAAGAUAUAAAACAUGUUUAUUUCGAUCUGUACGUAUAUUUUUAUUAACAAUAAAUAUUUAUUGUGUGUA